UUUACAAUAUUCGAUAUUAGUGAAUCUGCAAAGUAAAAUAUAAAAAACUGCCAUGACAUACAUUGGUUAUACAAAAAUUUUUAUUUUCUUAAUACUAUGUGAAUAUGUGCAUUCUGAUUGCCGAAUGCUUCACAUUUGUCACAGAGAAAAUGGCAAAGAUAAAAAUUGUAACAACCCAGAGAAAACCCUGCCUGAACGACUAAACAAAACUCACGAAAAAUAUGAAGAAGUUAAACAAAAAUUAAUUCAAUAUUGUCCCUUCUUUUUCUCAAACAAAACUGAUGAUCCUGAAUUAUGUUGCGACGUAGAUCAAGCACUGAAUAUGAUAAACGGCUUCCAGAGUACAGUUCCUUUUCAAAGAUGUCCCACUUGUGUUACUAACAUCAUAAAUACAUAUUGCAUAUUCUCAUGUUCUCCAAACCAGUACGAUUUCACUUUUCCGUUAUCACCAAGCAAUGCUAAUUAUAUUGAAAAAGUUCAAGAAAAUAUUGAUGAAAAUUAUAUUCAAGAGGUUUACGAUUCCUGUAAAAAUGUUGCAAAUCCUAGCACAAGCAGUAAACUUAUUGGACUAGUUUGCGGAAAAUACGGUGCGGCAUAUUGCACUCCUGAAAGAUUUUUUAACUACAUGGGAAGUACUAGUAACGGAUUUGCACCAUUUGAUAUUGUUUUUAAAAUAGUUAACACUUCAAAUGCUAUUAAUCACACUGUCCACAAAUGCAAUGAGGCCUAUGAGGGAUCUCAAGCGUGCAGUUGUGUCGACUGCGAAUUAAGCUGCUUAUCAAGCGAAAAAUUUGAAGAUUUAUCAAACAACGAUUACAUUUUUGGAAACGUACAAAAAGAUUCCUUUAUUGCAGCUUGUGUCCUUUUCACUCUUGGAUGUGUUUCCGUAUGUUUUAUUGUGUACCUUCGUAUAACUAAUUCCCAACCGCUUUUAUCUGCAUUCAACAAAGGAAAUAAAAACAAAUCUAAAUCUAUUCAACGCAAGAUAAACAAUUAUCUUAAAACUGGUUUCCGAAAAUGGGGCAUAUUUAUGUCUAAACGACGAAUAACAGUUCUAUUAAUAUCAAUUUUCGGAAUAAUUGCCUUGACGAUUGGCAUUAUUUUUUUGAAUGUGAUUACGGAUCCUGUGGAGUUAUGGGCGGCCCCACACAGUAGAAGUAGACAAGAGAAACAAUUUUUUGAUACAAAUUUUCAACCUUUCUAUCGAACAAACCAAAUCUUUUUUAAAACGGUAAACGUAGACUCUUUUGUUUAUAAUCAAACUAUCGAUCUUGGCAAUAAUAAAACGGAUAUUUUAUCACACACAUUUGGUCCAGCGUUUAAUGCAACGUUUUUAAAAGAAGUUUUUAAACUACAAAGUUUAAUUGAAAAUAUAACACUUAAUGAUGGAUCUGGAAUAGAAAGCAUAUGCCUUGCUCCGUUAGUUACUGUGUUUUCAGGAUCAAAAGAUGUAAAUGUUUGUGCAGUUCAGUCUCUUUUAGGUUUAUUUGGAAACAACGCGACCAAAAUCGAAGAAGAUGAUUACGUAGAAACUUUCAUCAAGUGUUUAUCGAGUCCUUACUUAAUAGACUGUUUAGCACCUUACGGUGGUCCAAUCAUGCCUGGUUUGGCUUUAGGUGGGAAUAAUUUUGACAAUUACACAGAUGCAACUGCUGUAAGUUUAACAUUCUUGGUAGAAAAUCAUUUGGAAGAUACUGAUUUGCAAGCAGCACUUGAGUGGGAGGAAAAAUUUAUUGAUUUAAUGAAACGGUGGGACAAAUUUAUAAAACCUGAAUACAUAGAGAUAGCUUACAGUGCCGAAAGAUCGAUCCAAGAUGAAAUAGCAAGAACUUCUUCAUCAGAAAUCGGAACUGUAAUCAUCAGUUAUGUUGUAAUGUUUAUAUACAUUGCUCUUGCUCUUGGUCGAUACACCACAAGUGAUAGAUUUUUGGUGGAAACGAAAAUAUUUGUUGGCAUUGGUGGAGUGCUGAUUGUUUUGGGAUCAGUAUUAGCUUCUAUCGGCUUGUGUGGAUACGCUGGCAUUUCUACAACACUGCUAACAAUUGAAGUAAUACCAUUUCUUGUAUUAGCAGUCGGAGUUGACAACAUAUUUAUUAUUGUGCACACACACCAACGAAAAAAACUAAACGAAAACUUAAGUUUAGAAGAACAAAUAGGCGAAACCAUGGCAAAAGUGGGUCCCAGUAUGCUUUUGACCAGUUGUUCAGAAAUCUUUUGCUUCGCAAUUGGUACACUUUCAACAAUGCCAGCAGUGAAUACUUUCGCUAUUUAUGCCACUUUUGCAAUUUUCUUCAAUUUUCUUUUGCAAAUUACUGCUUUUGUAGCGCUUUUUACACUAGAUCUUAAACGAUAUGAAGCCAAUAGAAUGGAAAUUUUUUUUUGUGAAAAAGCGAAAACACCAUCUACAGACAUAGGACCAGGGAUUGUUUACAAGAUUUGGAAAACUAACAUUACUCCAUUAAUAAUGAAUUUUCCAGUACGGUGCAUUGUUCUCUUAUUGUUUGUUAUAUGGCUUUGUGUCAGCAUAGCUGUAAUUCCCUCUCUCGAGCUGGGACUAGACCAACAACUGUCUAUGCCUGAAGAUAGCCACGUUUUGAAAUACUUUAAUUUCAUGAAUGAUUUGAUGGGGAUUGGCCCACCAGUUUAUUGGGUUACCAAAGGUAAAGUGGAUUAUUCAUUGCCAGAAUAUCAAGCGAGGAUGUGUGGAGGAAUUUUUUGUGAAAGCAAUUCUAUUUCUACGCAAAUAUAUCGAGCAUAUACACAAUCAAAUCUUACCACAAUUGCAACGGAAGCAAGUUCCUGGAUUGAUGAUUUUCGAGAUUGGGCAAAUGCAACAGGUUGUUGCUUUUAUUUUAAAGAAAAUGGGACGUUUUGCCCUCAUACGCUUAAAAGAAAUUGUGAACCAUGUAAUUAUGGUAUAAUGAAUUUAAACGAAUCUGAAUAUUUUACGCAAUAUGUAUCUUUCUUUUUGAUGGAUAAUCCGGACGGAAAUUGCGCAAAGGGCGGCCAUGCUUCUUAUGCCAGUGGAAUAAACUUUGUUUUGAACCAGGAAGGCAAAGCAACUAUUGAGUCAUCGAAUGUGAUGUCUUAUCACUCAAUUUUAAAAGGAUCGAAAGAUUACAUUAACGCAUUAAAGUACGCUCGAUAUAUUGGCGAUAAUUUAACAAAAACUCUAGAUAUACCAAAUGUUGAAAUUUUUCCGUACAGCAUUUUUUACACAUAUUUUGAACAAUACUUAACAAUAUGGGAAGAUGCAUUGGAAUCCUUGGGAUUAUCGCUUUUUGUAGUUUUUAUAGUAGCAUUUCUAAUAUCUGGAUUAAAUCUUUUUGCGGCUUGUACAACCCUGAUAGUGGUGUUAAUGAUUAUUAUAGACUUGAUGGGAUUAAUGUAUUUUUGGAACAUUAAUUUCAAUGCAAUCUCAUUAGUAAACUUAGUCAUGAGUGUUGGAAUAGCUGUAGAGUUUUGUGGUCAUAUAGUUCAUCAUUAUGUACACUCCACAAAACUUAACUCACUUGAGAAAGCCUCUGAAGCUUUUGCUGAAAUGGGAAGCUCUGUUUUGUCAGGAAUUACAUUGACCAAAUUCUCCGGCAUUAUAGUACUAGCUUUUGCACGCUCUCAAAUUUUUCAGAUAUUUUACUUCAGAAUGUACCUGGGAAUUGUUAUAAUUGGAGCACUGCAUGGAUUGAUAUUCUUACCGGUUCUUCUAAGUUUUCUUGGGAUUUAUGGUGAUACUAUAACUAAGCAACAAAAAUAAGACCCACUUGUAAACUCUGACAAAAUAUGUGAGUUUGGUGUGGAAACAAAUCGUUGGUGACAUCACUAGUAAUAAUACUUAUAUUAACUAAUAAUGAAUUAACUAUUAAGUAUGUCAUGUUUGUAUAAGCUCGUUAAUCAACUGUUCUUUUUUGCUCUCGUGUUUGUGUUUUAAUGUCCAACGUGUAAAGAGUAAAAUUUCUGUAUGCUUCAAUAAUUUUUUUUUCGAAUUCAAGACAACAUAUGUAUUCUUUCAUGUUGUUAAUGUGUUCAAAAUAUAGUUUGUUACACAAGCAUGUUGAUACGAGUAUAUUUAAUAUGUCAUUAAAUGUUUUUAUUAAUAAAAUUAAGACCAUAUUACAUAAACCGCCUGAAUAAUAUUUGCAAUUUUGUUUUUUUUGUAUUGUUUAAAUUUUAUAAGUAGUGAUAUGUAUUUUAUAUACUUUUCUAUUUAUUGUGAUCCUGUAAUUUGGAAUGUACAUUCUGGAUCAAUAAACUUAUUAUUAUUAUUA